AUGCUUCGUAGAUCGCUGUCCACAUCUACCAGACUGCAAAGUUCCAAAGUCUGGUCGGAUUUCAGUGGCUCCAGGCCCCAAUCGUUUUCCAUACCAUCUGCACAGAUCAAGAGAUCCAUUCUGGAAGGCACACCUGCAAGUGGCCCUCCAUCAAUCAAGAGAAGGUUUAACAGGGUGAAAUACACACCCCCAGAACACAUCGAUGAGACUUUCAAGCUGUGUUACGACUUCGUAGAGUCUAAGGCGGCUCAAGUCUACGAAAAGGCUUCAAAGGCCCAAACUGUCGAAGAAAAGGAAAAACUACUCGCUGAAGCUGAACUGCAUAACCCUGAAGUCCAGUACAACUUCCAAUACCACGACAAACUCGAAAACGACCCUCGCAUAAUCGAUUAUGAGCAACCGGUUUACAGAUUACUUGGUAAGCAGCAUUGGGAAUCCUACGGUCAAAUGCUACUCAUGCAGAGAUUGGAAUCCCUUGCUGUGAUUCCUGACACUCUACCCACUUUGGUUCCACGCACAGAGGUUAACAUAAGGUUCCCAUUUUCUACCGGUAUAAACAAGUGGGUCGAGCCGGGCGAAAUUCUUUCUACAAACGCUACUUCAUUACCGCCAGUGUUCAAAAUCCAGGAGUACGAACCAGUGGACCCUAAUACACAGUACACCAUCCUUGUGGUAAACCCAGACGAGCCUGAUCUGGCAAACGAUACUUUUACCACCACCCUAAGUUACGGGUUGGCAAACGUGAAGGUCAGUUACAACGACAAUUUGGUCGAUUCGAGAAAAUUUGACCAGUCUAAUGUCCUAGUGGAUUACUUACCCCCCGUGCCAGAGAAAAACGUUGGCAACCAGCGCUUUGCAGUUUGGGUCUUUAGACAGCGUCAUCCUGUGGAGCAACCCUCGGGCCAGCUGUCUCGGGACAAUUUCGAUAUCAGAUCUUUCGCCAAAACUCAGGGUUUAAUUCCAGUGGGAGCCCACGUCUGGAGAAGUCACUGGGAUUCUCAAGCCGACACUAUCAGGGCCAAAUACGGUUUACCAGCAGGUCGUAUCUUUAGCAGAAUCCGCACCUAA